CGACAUCAGACCGUCCCGCUGUCGGCGCAUCCGCGACGAGACGACGCGAAUCCGCGACGAGACGAGACAGGCGGGCGUUUUUCUUUUUUCUCCCAGAUAAGGAAGCUCGAACCAUUGAGAAGGUGGCCGUUCUUGAGGGCCGCUGAAGGACGCCAGCUAUGCGACCGUCUGUCUGCUCUGCUCGAGGCCAUCAGGAAGGAGGAGAGCCGCCAACGUCCGACGUCCACGUUUGCAAGAUAGUACCGAUGCGCAGCUGCCCAGACGGGAAAGAGGUCGAACAUGCGGGGACUGCAAGACGGGCUUGCGUAUGCCGUGGUGGUUUGUGUGUCCAGAUCGCGCCUGCAACCGCGUGAAGCCGCUGCGGGCACGAGGAAGGAAAAGGACGAAUGUCAGUCUGGCCAAAGGUGGCCCUGUUGCUGCGUCAGCUAUACAGGACGCCCGCCACCCUUGACAGGCAGAGCGAGGCCACGACGGACGCGAUGACGGCCUGGGACGAGCUCAUCACCACCUGGCUUAUCACCUACAUCAAGGUGGCCUAGUACGACCAGCCUACCAUCACGAGUGCCGGAGGGCAUGAGAAGACGACGGCCCUGGCUAGAGAGGGUCCUCCAUCAAUGGCUGGUGAACCAGCAGCGGCGCCUGUAUCUGGCGACAUCGGCAGCGAGGCGGCAUGUAACUGGAAGACCUUCGUGGUCAUGGCAGCGUCCGCUCUCUUGCUGUCCGCAUGGCUUGUGACCGCAACAGACAGGUGGCAUGUGAGCGCAGAGGGAGGCCACUUAUCUAGCUUCUUCCUUACGCAUACCCCUGUGUGUCCGUUCUAUCGAUGCGUCUACUGUCAUUCAGAUGAGCACAAGAAGAGUGAGCUCAACCACAACCUCCGCGAUCAGGUGGACGUGCUGACCGCACUCGUGGCAUGCGCCGUCCCGUACUGGGAUGUGCUGGCCACAGCCGCCCUCGCAGACGUCGGGACCUACUCAAAUAUCAGACACAGGUAGGCGGGCAUUGUCAAUUGGGCAUUGUUUCAUGCAAAGGAAGGCAGAAAAAACCACACCCACGGCUGGCUGGCUGGUUUGCUUUUCCAUCUCAGGCUGUUUGGCGCUGUUCCCGUCGUACCAGCUGUACUACCACCGCGUGAAGACCCAAUGCAACUUCAGGCGCCUGAUGACGGCCACGGCGCGAGGGCUCUGCCGCCAUCCCCAAUCUUGCCGCCGCCACCACCAGCGCCGUAGCCAUACGCCGGCUCCAUCGGCGAGCGGUUUGCCAUCGUGAGGGGCAGCCUCAAGCAUGAUGGCAACAACAGCACCCAUUCGGCCUCACCAAUGCCACCCAAAUGUCAUGCUCCGCAGCGUCACGUUUCGGGGCUUCCGCGGGGACGGCAGUGGGGCCACCUCAUGUUGUGCAGGAGCUGGCCGAGCUGCAGGCGACGCUCGAGCGCCUCAUGCGCAAGCUGAGGAGGGAGGGCCGGAUCAUGGACGCCAUCAACCCGCUGAUGGGAGGGCGGCGCAUCGUUCCCCGGCUGGUCGCGUGGGGGGACGUGGGGGGCGAGGAGGAAGGAGUGGCCAUGGCCAGAAGGACGUCACGGGGUGCAGAAGCGAUGCGGCGCCGUCCCCCUGCUGAUGCUCUCGAUCGUAUGGGAGGAGUGGAAGAGGACGGACCGGUGCAUGCAGCAGGACAUGACGGUGGCGCGCAGGAGGAGCGUAGUAGCGUUGGAGGGCACCUUCGUCAUGAUGGAGGCGAUAGGUAGGCAAGCUGAUAGCAAGCGCACACCAUCCACCAAAGCAAGAUACAUAGGUACACACAUGGCUUCCGUUGCUGUGUGUGUGGCCGUGCAGACUUCGCAGAUGCGCUAGAGCGGCGACUCAUGAACGACCGCGGUGACCCUGGUAUGCAGGCACCUACACAUCAAUACGACAAGUACAUGCAGUCGGUUGUUCAUGUGCGUUUCCCUUCUUUCUAUGAAUACAGAUGAAUACUUCGCAUCGCUGCGAUUUGAGGGCAAGUCGGCCCUGGAGCUGUUCAACGACCAGCGGCAAGGCUGCCUCAGCCCCAUGGGCUGGUGCGUGCCCCUCACCGGCGAGUUUCUCAGGGCCCUCGAGGCCUGCAGGCGGCUGCAGAAGCGCCUCCAGCGCGCAGCCCGGUAGGCGCCCGUCCAUCACCAGCAGCAGCAGCCAAUAGGCAGCAGCCCCCCGAGAGGGAGGACGUUGAGGGCGACGACCCUGCCGCCGGUCGGGAGGAGGAGGGGGAGGAGGAUGAUGAUGACGCCUACUCGUGUGACAGCGUGUCGGACAGCAGCGACGAGGAGGAGGAAGACGACGAGGACGAGAAGCCCACCAGCCGCCCUGCCAACAAGGUGCCCAAGGAGUGGCGAGUCGAGCGGGGGCCUGUCAGCCUCCUCGACCUCUAUCGCGUGCGGGCGGGGGAUGACCUGGGCGACGUGAGGGCAAGGCUGCAGCGCAUCAAGAGGGCGGUGGAGGGCCUGGGAAUGGAGGGACGGCACUUUCGUCAGGUGGCCGCGGCGGCACUGGACACCCUCAAUCAUCUGCACGGCUACGGAUUCAUCCACGGCGAUGCCAACCCUUCGAAUUUCCUCCUGCGCUGGCUGGGUAGCGGCAGCGAGGCAGCGAGCAGCACGCGGGGCAAUUCGUCGUUCGAGGUCACGGCCAUCGACUUCGAAUUCACCCUCCCCAUCGCUGCCUCACGUCGCCCCGUUGCCGCAUCACGGGUGGACGACCUGCCGGCUGUCCCCGUGUUCGAGCCCUGGACCGCCCCAGAGGCCCAGCGAGACUUGGCGACGGCCAUCGUCAGCACUUGGCCGCUCGAGGACCCUCUGAGGUUCUACCUGCCCCAGUCGCAGCCCAUCGCCAGCUCAGGCCCCCUCUCAUUCGCCCUCCACCCCACCGUCCAGCAGGACGCGUACUCGAUUGGGCUGGCGUGCGCCCUCAUGCUGGCCGCUCCUCACAUGGGGGAGGAGUUCGUCGGCUUCGACGUGCUGCUGGAUGGUGUGCGGGUAGACAACAAGGCGCUCGAGUCGGCCCUCCAGGGUACCAACAGUGGGACGGCGGGCGCGUGUGAGAAGAUCCAGGAGCCACAGCGGGCCUUGAGCCGCUUCAACGGGCUGGCGGCGGCUGUCGAGGCGGCCCGUGAGGCACACACAGGGCAGGGCCUGCACACGGAGGGAGCUGGUACGAGCGAGGCCGUUGUCGACUUGGGGAUUGCACUGGUGUUGGGGGCGGCAUGUGCAAUCCCGACACGUCAGAGAGGCAGCCCAUUGCUGCUGCUCUAGCAAAGAUCACACCUUAUACCACCAACUAAGUAAGGUACGGAACGAGCGAAAGAGGCGAUUGGUGCAUACUGUAGCGAUUAAUUGAUUGGUUGCGGGUGGCAGGCUGAGGUGUCCCCAGAGGGAUGGCGCCCACUGCCGGGCGGCAGGUCAGCCGGCCAGCCAGCCAGCCAGCAUGCAUAUGCUGCUGAGGGGAAGGAGGACACAUAAGAGUGGGUAAGCAGAAUGGGCCAUCGCUGUCUACGUUUUAUAUUUGCUUGUACGUGUCUCACACCGAACAUGCACAUGUGCGCGACGCUGUCGUGUGAG